UACUCCCUUGUGGACUCUAGUCAAGUAUCCACGUUCCUAAUUUCCAUUCUUCUCAUUGUUUACGGCAGCUUCAGGUCCCUGAACAUGGACUUUGAGAAUCAAGACAAGGAAAAGGACAGCAACAACUCGGCUGGACCCUUCAAUGGCGGCAGCACCAAUAACAGUAUCCAGACCAUUGAUUCGACCCAGGCGCUUUUCCUGCCCAUUGGGGCAUCGGUGUCUCUCCUGGUUAUGUUCUUCUUCUUUGACUCGGUUCAGGUGGUUUUUACAAUAUGCACAGCAGUCCUUGCGACAAUCGCCUUUGCUUUCCUCCUGCUCCCAAUGUGCCAGUAUUUAACACGACCUUGUUCACCUCAAAAUAAAAAAAGGCUCAGGGAUGGCGUCUUUGAGAGGCCUUUGGCAGCCCCCUUGCACAGGAAUGCCCACCAGGAGCCGUUGAGCAUCCUCUCCUCAUCUGCCCAGCUAAUGGGGACAACCCUUAUUCACCUCGGACAUGAGCGGAAGGCAUCAGAGUUCCUUCUAACCUACCUCUUUCCCCUGACCCUGGGUCCCCUGGCAGCUCUGGCCAUGGGCCUCUGUGUUGCAAUGAUUGCCUUCGUCCGGCUGCCGAGCCUUAAGGUCUCCUGUCUGCUGCUAUCAGGGCUAUUAAUUUAUGAUGUCUUUUGGGUCUUCUUCUCUGCCUACAUCUUCAACAGCAAUGUGAUGGUGAAAGUGGCCACACAGCCGGCAGAUAACCCCCUGGAUGUUUUAUCUCGGAAGCUUCACCUGGGGCCCAGCGUUGGCCGGGACGUCCCACGCCUGUCGCUGCCUGGCAAACUGGUCUUUCCAAGUUCCACAGGCAGCCAUUUUUCCAUGCUGGGGAUCGGAGAUAUUGUGAUGCCAGGCCUGCUGCUUUGCUUUGUUCUGCGUUACGACAACUACAAAAAACAAGCAAACGGAGAGUCCUGUGGCACAGCGGGACCCGGGAACAUUUCUGGCCGUAUGCAAAAAGUCUCCUAUUUCCAUUGCACUCUCAUCGGAUACUUCGUAGGGCUCUUAACAGCCACCGUGGCGUCUCGCAUCCACCGGGCAGCCCAGCCGGCUUUGCUGUACCUGGUGCCCUUCACCUUGCUGCCACUCCUCACUAUGGCCUACUUAAAGGGCGACCUGCGCCGCAUGUGGUCGGAGCCAUUCCAUUCGAAGUCCACCAGCUCACGGUUCUUGGAGGUAUGA